AUAGUUUUUAAAAACGUAAUUGAAGCAUGACCCAGGAGGUCGAAUUGAAGAAGAACAAGAACUGAAGAACUAAAUGAAUUUUAAGACACUAAUCAGCUGACAAGCCGAUAAGACUUCUGGAGGCGAUGUGCUCAUAAAAUUAGGGAGCGAAUAUUGUUCUGUGUUUUUAUCUGUUCAGAAUGAGCGUCAACAGCAGCGAGCAGGCGGAUGUUUAUUCCAGGCUCUCUGAAAGAGACUCCGCUCUUAGCGAAAACACUCCUCUGUUGGGAAAUGGAUUGGCGCAGACCAGAGCCACUGGAGCCUCCUUCGCCUCCUCUGUGUUCAACCUGAUGAACGCCAUCAUGGGCAGUGGGAUUCUGGGUCUGGCUUUUGCCAUGGCCAGCACAGGGAUAGUUUUGUUUUGCAUCCUGUUAGUAUUGGUGUCCGUCCUUGCAGGAUAUUCCAUCCAUCUGCUUCUGAAGCUUUGUGACCAAACAGGUAUCAACUCGUAUGAGGAACUUGGAGAAAAAGCCUUGAAAAAACCAGGAAAAGUUUUGGUCGGUUUAGCGAUUGUCAUCCAAAAUAUAGGUGCCAUGUCGUCCUACUUGUUCAUCCUGAAGUCGGAGCUUCCUGCAGCCAUCAGCAGCCUCCUGAAUGCAGGAAACACCGGAAGUGCCUGGUAUGAAGAUGGCAGGCUACUUCUCAUCAUCAUCACAUUUUGUGUUGUUGUGCCUUUAGCAAUGUUGCCAAAAAUCGGAUUCCUGGGUUACACCAGCAGCCUUGCCUUCAUCUUCAUGUUGUAUUUUGCAGUUGUGGUUGUGGUGAAGAAAUGGUCUAUUCCAUGUCCACUGCCUCAUAACAUCACAACGCUCUCAGACUUUAAGAAGGUAUCAAACCGAUCUGACUCAGAAUGUACACCUAAACUCUUCAUCCUCUCCAUAAAGAGUGCCUACGCCAUCCCUACUAUGGCCUUUUCCUUUCUGUGCCAUACAGCCAUCCUGCCCAUCUACUGCGAACUGAAGCGACCAACCAAAACCCGAAUGCAGAACGUUGCAAACAUCAGCAUCAGUCUCAGCUUCCUGCUCUACUUCAUUUCUGCUCUGUUUGGGUACCUCACCUUCUAUAGUCAUGUAGAGUCUGAGCUGCUGCGCGGCUACGACGUGUACCUGCCGCGCGACGUCAUGGUGAUGACGGUCCGGCUGGCCAUCCUUCUCUCUGUGCUGCUGACGGUGCCGCUCAUACACUUUCCCGCUCGUAAGGCUGUGAUUGUGAUGCUGUACGGAGGACUCCACUUCUCCUGGCUGACCCACAUCGUCUCCACUCUGAUCAUCCUGGGUGUGGUGCUGAUGCUGGCCAUCUUUGUGCCUGAUAUCAGGAAUGUGUUUGGAGUCGUUGGCUCAACGAUGUCCAGCUGCCUGCUGUUUAUUUUUCCAGGAAUCUUCUACCUUAAAAUCAGCAGCCAGCCGAUCAAAUCCGUCGACUCCAUUGGGGCCAUACUUCUGGUGGUUUUUGGGUUGAUAAUGGGCGUUACCAGUCUCACUGUUAUUAUUCUCUCGUGGGUGCUCAGCUCUUGAUCCAAAUCCAAACCAGAAAGGGAAAUCUGAACCAAAGAAACUGAAUCAUGAAAGGGACCAGCAUCACCUCAGGGACUUUUUUAUGAUGAACACUAAAAUGUUUAUAUAGCUUUCAAACUACGACAAACCUUUUCUACAUAUUGACUUUUAAUUUUUUUUAUUUUUCUGGAUUUAAAAAUGAACAAGGGAUGAUUUUACUAUUUUGAUUUUGCACUUUAUGAUUCCUUUGAACUUUCCUGAAACCCUUAAUGAUUCUUGUCCUAACUUGAUGUAUUUCUGCUCUGUUUUGAGCACUAAAUGAAGGGAAAAUUGUUUACAUAAUGAAACCCGGGUUUGCUUGUUUAACCACUAAAAUGUCUUCAUCAGAACGUCUAAGACUCAUCUGUGUAAACAUGUGUUUGAUUGGCAGCAGCGGUUAUGAUGCUGAGAGCCACGCUUUUCUGCGGUUCGGCUUGCAGCUAAUGAAAGCCACACGCUCCGCACGUUUCCAUUCGCUGUUACACUGUUUAGUUCGUUUUUAAGUUGCCUCUCAAGCACUCAGACAACUAGUCGGCUUUCUGCUUUAAAGAAGAACCACUUCAAUCAGUCUCCUCAUUAAAUAAAAUGCAAUAAAUAACCCUGAACAAACUACAGAUGACAACAGUUGACAGUUGUACAAUUAAACACAGCUAAAAUUCACAUUAAUCAUAAUAACAGUUUAAAAAACAUAUACAAAGCAUGACAAAGUCACACGUGAAACCCUGUACAUAAUUAAGUCUGUCUAAAAUGUAUGUUAAAAUAUAAUAUUUGUAAAGGAAACAGUUACAGAAAAAGGGGGAGGAGUUGUCAGUUACUGGUUGCUACGGUAACCGCCAACUGACAAGACCAACGCAACAGCGCUGACCCUUUGCACGUGACGUCACUCUUCGAAUCUCUGCCCGCUCCUGUAAAGCCUUUCAAAAAAAAACUCGCAUGUGGUGGCCUAGUAUCGCUUUUAUAAAGUUGAUUUCGCAGCAAAAACGGUCACAGGAUGCUGCGCGGUCGGCUGCAGAGAAAGGUACGGGUGAAAACCAAACUUGUAAUUUUAUUUCAUAACUUUGAAUGAGGUAAGAUGCGGCGGCGAUGGAUACCAGCCGUUAGUCAUAAUGACUGUCAGUCCUCAGUGUAACCGCGGAUUUGCAGCGAACACUAUUUACAAGGUAAGAAGAGUAACGUUCAGAAUAUAUUUUAUAAAUAAGUAUGACUAGGAAGAUAUGAAAUACCGCAUUAUGGAGGAGGUAUGCGUCUAACCAUUAGUAACCAUGGAAACAGUGCCCCGACCGUCAUGUAACCUAGCAUGUAUGAAAAAACUGGUUAGCAUCUCGUCUUCUGUACGUGUUUAAGGGAGCUCCAGUGUAAGGGGAACCGCAGUUUAUGACGUAGUUACAUAAAUCAUGUGGUGUGAAUUCAGACAAAGUUGGUAAUUUGAUCAACACGUCAGGACGGAGGAGGUAUGGGUCGGUUUCUAUGCUAGCUGAGCCCCAACCAAGUGAGUUACACUCAAAGAGAAAUUAGCUCGACUCGAAAAAGUAGAAGCCAUUAAUAAACUGACAAAAACAACUUCAGUUGCUCUGUUCAAUACUCCCGAUCUUCAUUUCCGACGUCCAUCAUGGCGGUUAGAAUGACUGAGUGACGUAGUUGCAAAGGGUCAAAAUGCUAAUAAAUGUAUGGAGAAAAAAUAUUUUUUUACAAACAAACAAAAUGGAUUUGAAGAAUAAAUAAACAAAUUUUGACAAUCUUCACAUUUAUAAUAUAAACAAAAUGGAACCAUAAUAAAUGGCUUCUGAAUCUUUUUCCACCUACAAUGUGGCCUUUGACAUAGUGUCUGAGCGUCUAUAUAUACUAACUAAAUAAGUUAGGGUAUUUAAAAUUAAGAGCUUAAAAUUUCUUAAAUUUGAAAGAUAAGUGAAAGUUGGCCUUAGAUACUUUAAUCGCAGAUCUCAAAUUUUGUGAUGGCACAAACAUUUUAUUUCAUAUAGUUUAUUUUUCUCGUGGGACAUUUUUUUGUAAGGAAAUUUGAGUCGCAGGCAGAUGACAUCAUUGCGUUCUGUGAUUUGAGGCGGUUGAAGCUAACACUUACUAGCUGCUAACUACCCUUGCUAGCCAGCUUUUUUUUUUUUUAAUGUAUUGCCAAUUGGUUGGGCAAUGUUCAUCUUUGCCACUGGCUCUCUUCUGUUGCCAAAAUAUCCAAUGCUACAUUCAUUCAGUGCAAAAAAAAAAAGAAGGCUACUACUACAUAAAAUAUUAAAUUUUCUUUUGUACAUUUCUGUUGUGAUACAGGUCUUAAAUUUUAUUCUUAAUGGUCCUAAAAAGGUCUUAAAUUAUUAUUACUAUUACAUUUCCCUUUGGUAUUAAUGAAGUAUUUUUGAAUUUGAACUGAAUUUGAAUUGAAUUUGAUUUGGUGAAACCUGCAGAAACCCUGUCUGACCUGUACAAUUUUAUUGGAAAACAAAUAAUAAUCUUGAAAUGGUUUUGAAGUUA